AUUUACGACUAAUGGCUUAUUGUAGAAUGGCCAUAAUAAAUGAUUUAAGCCUUAAGUCGUAAGAACUGACCAAUUACAAUCGAAUUCGAGAAGAAUAAUCGAUUAUGAUUCGUCCAUUUCUUAUGGUUUAAGGCUUAGAACUCUAUUGUAAAUCCGGGGUAAUGCUUAAUAACUCGAGUCACGAAGUCGAUCGCAGCGUUUUUUGAUUUUGUGGAAGAUUUUUUUCAUUUUGUGGAAAUGUAUUGAAUGAGAACGUUAAUGAAUUACGAGAGAGACAGUAAAGUGUAUUCUCUAAAUUGCACCUAAACAUGCAGAAACAAUUUUAUAUCUCUUGUAUGAAAAUAAAUGGGAUACCUCUUCUUCCACCAAUGAUGACUGACACCAUCAAAGAAGAAAUGAGACAUUAUAAAUCACUGGCAAUCAAAAUCGAGGAAAACUUGAGGGACAGACGACUCGUUAAACACACCAUUCAAGAUAAAUGCAUGCAAGCUGUUAUAUUAGAACCGAUAGAUAUGUUAAAGAAUAUAAGAUACAGUUCAGACAGUGACAUAUCCACUCGUGACAUUGCAAGUGAUACCAAUAAUAAGGACUCGUAUUCCAAAAUGACUAUUGUUGAACCAUUGUUGCAAGUUGAAGGCGAAACCAAAGAUAGUCAUGAUAUUCAGUCUUCUAUAUCAGAUGUACAGCAUUUGCAACUUCAAGUUUGUUUAGCAAAUGAUAUUAAUGAUUCAAAACUUACAGCUGCUGUAACUGAUCGAAAUAGUGUCGAUGCAAUAGAAACGGCAACACCAGACGAAGAUGUAACAUUACUAGAGAAUUGGAAGCCAGAGAUACCUAAAACACUGAACGUACUUCCGAUAACAUUAAGUAAAGUUGAGGAAGAUACUUCUUCCAUAGAAAUUUCCAAAGAGACUCCUGAAAAUCUACCCAAGUUGUCACGUCAAGGUUCUUAUAUACUGGAUACACCCAGUCCUAUAUUGCUUGCUCAUAUGCAUACAAAAUUAACUGACGAAAAGUACAUUCCUACACCUACCACUAAUGUGUCACAACUAAAACAAUGGAACAUUGCGCAGCCUAAGGCAGAAUGGGAAAAUAAACAGUUUAUGGUAGAACACAUUCAAGAUUUAAGCAAAUUAGAAUGUACACCCAAACAAUCAACUUCCCAGUAUAGAGAAUCUGAUGAUUCGACAGAAUCACAUCAAGCAAAUAAAUCUACUAAUUGUACUAAAAUGGUAAUCGUUGAGGAAGAUACAAGUAAAUCCGAUGCCAUACCAAUUAAACAUAAUCAUAGGUAUAAUACAGAUUUUAAGAAGCAAAGUUCUCUAGAAAAAUUAGAGAAAAAUAGUGACAUUGGUGUGUUAAAUUUGUUGAGCAGCAAGUAUACAGAAGAUACAAAUAGUCCUAAAAUUCAGUUGUCUUAUAUAGAUGAGGGAUUGCAUAAUAAAAAAGAGAAUAUUGUAGAAUAUCACGAUUCAGCCAAUAAAACAAAGUCUUCCACACCAAAUAAACUCUUGAUGGUUUAUAAAGAGAUCGAAGAAAUGCACAAGAAGCAGAUGAUGGAGCUAAUAUAUCGUCAGCGAAAAGAACAAUCACUACUACAAGCAGAAUUUCAGAAGCAACAAAUACUUCUGUUAGCAGAAAUACAAAAGUGUGCCUCCGGAAUUUCACAUCAAACAAAUGCAUUGAACGUUGCGUUGAAUCGAUCAUUGUCGAGUGACGAAGCAAAACCAACUAGUCACGAGGCAAGGCAACAAAUGGAUACAGACUCUCCGAGUAAUAUACACACUGAAAUGGAUUAUAAUAUUAAAUUACCAUCAGCGAAUCGAAUGAUUGUAUGUCCGUUGGAUUACAUUUCCUCGAAAAAUUUACACCUGCUUAAAUAUCAAUCCUUUUUUGCGGACGAUUCUUCGGCGACUCUCGAUUUUGACUUUACGAGAAAAGUGAGUUUAUAUGAUACUAUGCAUAAUAAUAAUAAUAAUAAUAACACCAAUAAUAAUAAUAAUAAUAAUAACAAUAACAACGGUAAUGACGAUAACAGCCGUUGCGAGUCGCGCGAUCUUGUACGUAAGAAUUCCAAUGUGAGUCGACAAUUAUUUCCCUUAGAUAGUAAUACUACGCAUAUACCAGUACUAGACACCAUAGUGUAUUUCGAUAAACAUGUACAGGCAGUGAAUACCAUCAAUGCUUACACACGUGGUUACUUAAUACGCAGAUUAAUGCGUACCGAACGCGUUAUUACAUUGAAAAAGAUAUAUAAGGAGGCGUUGCAAUGUAUGCUUAAGUUACACGUUGACGCGCCCUUAAACUUGGCAGAAGUGGAAUUCCUUCAUCGUCUUCAGUUGCAAUGCGACGCAGCUUCCAUGAAUAUAGUGGAAUUAUUCGCCCAGUCUCCGACGAAGAGAAUGAAAAUAAUCGCGCAUGAUCGCGAAAUUAAGGAGUCUCGAACGGAACGCCCGACUUCGGCUCGAUCAUACUCGUUUGCUACUCAGAAGACUUUAGCCAGAAAGAACCUGAAGGAAUUCGAAUCCACAAUGGCCAAAUACCAGCAACCAUCGACCGUUAAAAGGAAUUUAGUUAGGUCCAGAUGUCAAACGUGGACUUCGGAUAUCAGAGACAGACUUAUGUCACCAAAUGCAUUGUAUCGAGGUAUCAGGAGAAGCACGAGCACGGGAGCCGUACGGAAGCCAUGGCGAUGACGAGAUAGAGUGCCUUAUGACAUUGAUUAAACGAUACACAAGUUUACUGUUAAAAAGCGAAAUACGCAUGCAGAGUACAAUAAUUAUGUUAUCUACAGCGCUUUUUAGCUACUUUUGCCUUCAAGAAGUGCACUAGUGCCUGAUUCUGACAAAUUUAUUUUAUAUUACCAUUGCAUUUCUGAACUGAAAUAUGAUACUCAACUGUGAUACGUGUAUAUUCAACAUAUAUCGCUUCCUAUUUUCAAUUUAUUGAAGCUAAAAUGAAGAUUUAUUAUAUAAGGAUGAAACAUAUAGGCAAUAAAUUGAUUUUAUUGUCGAUUAAUUACUGGGAUAAUUUUCUCUAUAAUAAAGAACACUGCUUUUUUUAAA